GAGUUGUUCAGCAAAAGUCGACAAUCAGCGCCAUGAGUACCGACGGCCCGACGCUGCACACAGUGGAAGAAACGCUAAAGGCUGUGGCGCACAUGAAAGAAUGCCUUGGGGUCGUCGAAGAUGGAUGCAAUGCGUCAGACAUGGCGUCCGAAGCCAUAUUUAUCAGUCAGACAAAGCCGAGUAUGGACGACGCCACGGCGCUGUCCCGCCAAGUGGCGAAUUUUCUUGAAAAGGCCAAGCACAAGCACGACAAAGAGCAACUCAAGGCCCUCCAAAAGGACUUUGUCGUGACGAUGAAGCGGCUGCAGGAAACCCAGCGUAUGCAUGCUAGGAAGCACGAAGCUGUCGUCGAAUAUGACUUAAUUCAAGGUGGGGCUGUGACUUCGGACGAGUUCAAAGCAGGAAAGGACGUGCUGGAGAAGGAGCUAGCACUAGCAGACGAGAUGGGGCACUUGGUCCACGCCGUGGGCCAAGUCAACAAAGUCGUCCUCGAACAGACCAAAGUGAUCGAACACGUCAAGACCGAGCUGGACGCCGUGGCGAUCACCAUUGGUGAAUCGGUUUCCGCCGAAGAGCAGGCGGCGUACCUCAAGUGGGAAAACAUCAAAAAGAGGGCGUUGAUCACGGCCCUCGCGGUUGCCAUUGCAGCCGCCAUCGUCACCCCCAUCGUCUUGGCGUUUACAUGACACAACGUAGUUGGAAUAAACCUUGCUUUCAUUAUAAAAGACCCCCAAGAACCAUCCAACAACUAGCAACUGGUUAGGCCACCUUGUGUUGUUCGCAUUCUUUUAGAAUGACCGACAGCUUUGCCGACAGUCGUUGGAGCACUUCCUUGGUCACUUCCACGACCCGAUUGUCGGCAC